CGGAGUCCAGCUGCAGGAGAGAGAGGAUUAUCCUUGGGAGGAACGGAAGAAGACACGACUGCCUUCCAGGCUGACUUAGAUUCCUGUGUUAUGGCUUCUGUGGUAGAUCUGAAGUCCAAAGAGGAGAAGGAUGCUGAGCUGGACCGAAAGAUUGAAGCCCUGCGCAAGAAGAAUGAAGCCUUGGUGAAGAGACAUAAGUUGAUUGAGGAGGACCGGAAAAGAGCAGAGCAAGAAGGCAAUGCUGUGACCACGCCAAGAAAAGUCAAAAUUCCAGAUGACGAGCCAGACAAAGCACGGAAAGAAAAGGAGAAUUUCUCCAUAACACUUGAUGUAUCUGCUGGGGAGAAAAGAAUAGUAAGUGAUAGUAAAUCCCCUCGAGGCUCACACACCCCUACUCGUACCGAAACAUCUCCAAAAAGCCCCACCCAAAGGACAAGUGGACGAACAGGAUCUCACACAGGAGGAAGAAGCCCACAUUUUGACAGACCGGGAGACCCUUUCAAAAUUGAUGGUGACACCACCCACCCAGCUGAAAGGCCGGCAAGAGGUAGGAGGAGCCAAGGUGCUGAAGGGCCAAGAAGCAGUCCACGGGUAGCUAAAGAAGACCCCCCGGUAGACCAGUGGGGAGCAAUUCCUAGAGGCGGAAGAAGUCGAGGACGAGGUGGAGGCACACCAGGAAGAGGAGGUAGUCACAAUGGAGGUGGUCACAGUGGAAACGCAGAGGGAACUGACAGAAAGGUCAAGGAAUGGGAGGAGAAAAGAAAGCAGAAUAUAGAAAAGAUGAACGAGGAGAUGGAAAAAAUUGCAGAGUAUGAAAGGAACCAAAGGGAUGGCGUAAGAGAAAAAAAUCCAAUUCGCAACUUUCUUGAUGACCCUAGGAGGACCGGUCCUAUUGCAGAGGUUGACAGAAAGGAGGGUAGUCGCAGGCACAACAGAAACUGGGGAGGUCCUGAUUUCGAGAAGGUGAAAACUGGUAUGGACCGAGAGAAGGAAAGUCAUGUGAGAAGACCUGGAGUAAAAAAUCAAGUGGACAUGACCAUGUCAAUGACCGGCAGAGAGCGAGCAGAAUAUGUGCGCUGGAAGCAAGAGCGUGAACAGAUCGAUCAAGAGAGACUGGCACGACAUCGAAAGCCUACCGGCCAGUGGAGGAGAGAGUGGGAUGCAGAGAAAACUGACUCUAUGUUUAAAGAUGGAUCCGCCCCUCACAUAGAGGAUGAACCAAUGGGCAAAAGAGACUCUGGUAAGAAAGGUGCUCCAAAGCCUCCCACCAUGGCAGAGUUUCUUCCGAAGAGCCUUCAAAGCCCGGGACAAAAGAGAGAUCAGAAGAGAGGCCGAGGGAGAAACAAGCCAUACAGCAUGCAUGACAGUCGUUGGGAAGAAGAUGAGGAGGAAGAAGUAAACGAAAAAGACAAAACCUUGCCUUUGGAGGAAAAAGAGAAGGAGACAUGUGUGGAGAAAACGGAAGAAAAGAAAGUUGAGGGUCCACAGAAAAUCUGUGAAGCCCAAAAACCCACAAUGGAUGAAAAGCGAGAUGAAUUUAAACAUGAAAAGGAAGAAGAGGAAUGUGAAGAAGAGGAGGAUGAGGAGGAGGAGGAUGAUGAAGAAUGGACUGACGCUAGUGGUGACGAAGUAGAUGAAGAUGGCUCAGAAGUUGAGGAGGACUCCAUCGAAGAGGCUACCAAAGCUUCUCCAGCAUCUCCAAAGGAGCAAAGACUACCUAAACAGAUGGAUACCCCCAAACUGACAAUGCCUCCACCCAAUGCGACCACUGAUGAAGAAGAAGCUGUGGAGUCCAAACCCACCAGCCCAUUCUCACCAGAAGGGCACAGGCCAGUGACUGACUGGGGAGAGGAAAUGGAACUGCUGUCCCCUCCAGGAAGCAGCAAUGAGGACAGUCCUCCUCAAACCGGUAAUAGGAAGGUGUUCAGCAUGGACUCGAGAUCUCACUCAGACAGCACUCAAAACCCCAGUCUGGAUCAAGAAGGAGUCGUGGCAUCCAGUAUAGAAUCCAGUUCAUUGCAAUCCCCUGAGGUUCAGGCAGACCAAAAACAGAAACCUGUUAAAGAGUCCCCAGGAGGUGAGCCAUUGGUGGGUGCCUUAACACUUCCUCUGGAAAGAGAUCCUGACAGCAGUACAAAUCAAGGGAAGAGCAGUCUAGGGAAAUGACAAUGCUACUCCUCUCCUAGUCGAGACCUCAUUAGCUGUAGAAGAGGCUUCUCAAGUCCAAGAACUGAGCUCCCCAGCCACAGAACAGGCCCUGCCAGUGAAAGAAGAGCCCGUCCCCGUGACAGAAGACCUGGAGGGAACUGUAAAAGCAGUGCAUAUUGCUGACUUUGAAACGCAAACUACGGAGAUUCCACAGUCAUCCUGA